GCGGCCUGGACAACCAGCUCGUCGUGGCGGUGGCCAUGUACCACCUGGUGCUCAUCUUCCGCUUCCUCGUGGCCUCUCGAGGCCAGCGCCGCCUCGCCAUCGUGGUCAACACCAUCGUGCAGGGUUUCGAGGACAUCAUGCACUUGACUGUCGUCCUGCUGCUGAUGAUCCUUGCCUACGUGUUCAGCGGGCACAUCCUGUUCGGGGCGCGGAUGCAAGACUUCGCCACCUUCUGGGGCUCAUGGGGGUACGUCUUCCAGAUCGUCGGCCAGCGCGAGUACCAGUGGGACGACCUCAUUGCAGGCCACAACAGCAUCAUCGUGAUGAUCUGGCUCUGGUCUCUCUUCCUGGUCGUGAUCCUGGUUGUGCUCAAUCUGGUGCUCGCCAUGGUAUUUGACAGCUACAACGAGGUUCGCACGAUGGUGUCGGACAAGGACACCAUCUGGCACACUGCGCUCAGGCUCAUCUACCAGCUGCAGUCCCUGUCCUCGUGGGUCCCGCACCACGAGCUCCGCGGCAGGGUGAUCGCCUGGGCCAAGGAGUCCAAGGAAGACAAAGUCGACCUGCACAGGCUGAAGGCCAUCUGCCCGAAGAUCCCGAGCGCACAGGUCGACCUCCUCUUCGAGGACUGCCAGAACAGGAUCAAGUCCACGGUGGAGCGCGGCAGGAAGAACAUGCUCUCCGAGGCCCUCGCCAGCAUCCUGCUGGGCACGGAGGACCUCCGGAGGGGCGUGCGCCAGAUGAAGGAGUGGCGCCAGGGCGCAUCCUACUUCGAGGGGCUCGACCGGCAAGACGGCUUCGAGGACAAGUCGGGAGAGCAGUCGAGUCGAGAGGUCUCCGCGGAGAAGCCGGGGCCCAGGACGAUCUCGGAGCACGAGGCCGACGGGGGCCUGGACCACCCCGUGACGCCGUGCGAGAGCGUCCACAGCGCCGUCCUCGCCCAGGACCCAAAGGCGGCGCCCACGGAGGAGCCCUUUUGGGUCACCAGCGGCCUGAGGCGGCACUUGCGGGCGUCCGCCCAGCAGAUGGAGAACAUGCAUGCCCCCAGCGGCGCGUGA